AUGCCACCAAAAUUACGUAACAAAAAAACCGCUGUUUCUUGCGAGAAUUGUGGUGAUAAAUCUCAUGCAUCGAAUGAUUGUCCUAUUCACGUCAUUGAUGAUAAAGUAGAACGCAGGGGUAAACAAAAAAAAUCAAUUACUGGAACUUCACAGGGUCAAACUUACGACUUAAAUGAAGAAGAUAAGGAAAUUUCUACAAAACGCAAUGAUUCACCUAGCAAUGAACGAAAUGCUCCAUCAAAAAAAAGACUUAAAAAGGAUCCAGCUACCUCUUCAACCUCAACUGGUUCGGGUUUCGUUCCUUCUUCGGUUUAUCAACCUCAACACAUGUCUACUGAACGUGUUUCUCCAGAAGUGCAACAAGGGAAUAUAUCCGCAGUUUCAAAUUCUUCUUCAUCGACACAUCCUCAAAUUUUUCAACGCGCCACAAUUGUGCCAUUUUCUCUUGAUUUGGACGCGUUUGAUCAGGAACUUUGUGAUGAACAAGAAUUGGAAAAUGAAUCAGAUCCCGUAGAUGAUGUGGGUGCUGUCCAAAAAUUAUACGGUAUUAUCAAAACCAAAAUUGUAGGUGUAAGAUAUUAUGAUGGCGUUGUAAAUAAAAAUGAAUCAGUUUCUAUUAUACGUGAACCACGUAAUGCUUAUGAUCGAAAUGCGCUGCGCGUUGAUAAUACUCUCGGAGUUCAAGUUGGUCAUAUACCUCGAGAUGCGGCUUCGGCACUUGCGCCAUUAAUUGAUAAUGGAAGUAUUCGAAUCGAAGGUACAAUUCUUGGCAAUAAAGGAGUUUACACCAUUCCUCUUCUUGUUCAUAUUUUUGGAAUACAAGAACGGGAAGAUCUUACCACAAGAAUUUUAAGAGCGAAAGGAUUUAACUUUGAAUCACUUCAACCUACGUCUCAAGCAAAAGGAAAGGGUCGAAAAGCUCCUGAGGCAAAUGAAGCAUGGCGUGAAUUAGUAAGGCAAGGACAAACCCUUGAUAAAAGGAGCACCAAAAAAAUUCUCCAAGAAGUUGGAAUAUCUAUUAUUGAUUUGGCAAGGCUUCCGGAGGCCCCACAGCCAGAAGCUUUGAUCACACCAUUACUUUCAUAUCAAAGACAAGGACUUGGUUGGAUGUUAUCCAACGAGCAUCCCGCGAAUCCAACCUCUGAUAUAGCGACGCAAUUCUGGGUCGUUCGUAAACAAAAUGGUGAAGAAUAUUAUUAUAAUGUAGCUACCGGAUUUUCGACCAAAUCUUGUCCUAAUUUCGCUAGAGGUGGAAUCCUUGCCGAUGAUAUGGGUCUUGGAAAGACUUUGCAAACGAUUGCUUUAAUCGCGUCUAAUAAAGAUGGCAAAGGAUUUAUUUCCAAUCCUGUCAAUUCGAAUCCAACUUAUUCCAAAACUACUCUGAUCGUCGUUACUUUGAGUAUACUUGGAAAUUGGGUUGACCAAAUUAAUAUGCACGUCAAGGAAGGUUCACUAUCUUAUUACGUUUUUCAUGGUCCUAAUCGAGACGAAAAUCCUCAAUUCCUUCAAAACUACGAUGUAGUGAUUACCACUUAUGCUAUACUUGGACAGGCGGAUAUAAAGAAUGAAAAAAGAGGGUUAUUUGCUGUUAAAUGGCUUCGAGUCAUCUUAGAUGAAGGACAUAUAAUUCGCACCAAAUCGACCAAACAAAGUAUUGCUGCGUAUCAUUUGAAUGCAGAAAGGAGAUGGAUUCUCACCGGGACACCGAUUAUGAAUGAAUUGAAUGAUAUGUAUUCAUUAAUAAAAUUUUUAAGAAUUGCUCCCUUUAAUGAAAUAGAAUGGUGGAAUCGUGUAUUUAACAGACCGAUAAAGGCUGGAGAAACAGAAGCCAUUGAAAGACUUAAGGUCUUGAUGAAAAUUGUUUGUCUUCGACGAACAAAGGAUAUGCAAUUCAAUGGUCGUUCGAUAUUGUCCCUUCCUCCCGUUAAUUCCUUUGUUCACAAAGUCAAGUUCAACUUUGAAGAGAAGAAGAUUUAUGAUGAGGUGGAAAAAGAAGCAAAGAUACUCUUUAAGAAAUGGAGAGAAUCAAAGAAUUCUAAGGAUAAUUACGCCACAAUCCUGGAAAUACUUAUGAGAUUGAGACAAAUCUGCAACCAUCAUAAACUUUGUGCAGAACGAGUGAAAGAGAUUAUGGAAGCUCAUGUUAAUAUUUUUGAUAUGAGUGAUGAUAAUAUCAAGUCAUUAGUGAACACUUUGAGAGUUAUUAUUGAAAAUAAUGAAGAUUGCUGCAUCUGCUUGGAACCACUGACCACUCCUGUAAUCACGCAUUGUAAACACGUGUUUGAUAGAGAUUGUAUCGAGAAAGUUAUUGAUAAAGACAAACAUUCUUGUCCAAUGUGUCGUAGUCCGGUUCAAAAGGAUCAAUUGAUUGACCCACCUCCCGAACGAGAUGAGGAGCUUGGAGACAUAAUCACUUCGGAUUAUAAACCAAGCUCAAAAAUUAAAGAUUUAUUGGAAUUUCUUAAGAUAUCGAAUGAAAAAGAUCCUACAACUAAAUCGGUGGUCUUCAGUCAAUGGACAUCCUUUCUUAAUUUGAUUGAAAUCGCUUUUAAAGAGGCCAAUAUUAAAUUUGUCCGUUUGGACGGUAGUAUGUCGCGCAACAAACGCGAAAAGUCGAUUAAUGAUUUCUCUUACGAUCCACAAGUUAAAGUCUUUCUUAUUAGUUUGAAAUGUGGAUGUCUUGGAUUGAACUUGACUGCAGCGAAUCAAUGUUUUCUAAUGGACCCUUGGUGGAAUCCGAGCAUUGAGGAUCAAGCAGUCGACCGAAUCUAUCGAUUAGGUCAAACACGACCUGUUUCGAUCUUUAGAUUUGUGAUUGAGAAUACGAUUGAAGAUCGUGUGAUUGAACUUCAAGAAAAAAAGCGUGUAUUGGUAUCUCAGGCCUUCGGAGAACAGAGGAGACAAGAUGCUGCGAAAGUGCGAGAAGCUCGGUUGGAAGAACUGCAAAUCUUAUUGGGUGGAAAUUAA